CGGCGCUCGCUCCUCCCCACGGCUGCCGCCGCCGCUGCCGCUGCGUCGAUCCGCGUCGUGUUAUUGUGGCGCUGCGGGGGGGCAGGGAGAGAGGUGGGGGGGAGAAGCAGGAGGAGGAGCCGCGCAGCCACGCGUGGACGCGGGAGAGCGAGCGAGCGAGGGAGCGAGCGCGGAGAAAAGAGGAGCGGAGAGCGCGACUCGCGAGCGGACCGACGAGGUUCGUGCGGCUCGGCUUGAGAGAAAGAGGGAGCGGCCAUCACGGCGCCGCCGUGCGGUGGCUUUUUCUGGCAAGGGCGCGCGCCUGGCAGGCCCCGUGGGUUCGCGCCGGGCAGGGGACGCACGGCCGUUGGAGGUGAGACCGGGAUGCUUCUUCGUGCCGCGCACCGUGGCCUUCACCGCUAGCGUCCGGCACCGCGCCUGCAUCCCACGGCCGGUCCCGCUGUGCGGCUGCACCACCCGCCCACAUGGAGUACGGCAUCGGCAGCAUCGUCAGCAGCAGCGGUAGGACCAGCAGGAGCAUUUAGGCGGCGCCCCGUGCCGUGAGCGCGCCGGCAAUCGCACAGCGGCGGCGAUGACGAGCGAGCAGCGGCUCACGCCGGCGCCGGCGUUCCUCAACCUCCCGUCGGGCGCGCUGCACCAGGACUCGGCGCUCAAGGCGGCCGCCGCCACGUGGAUCAGCUUCUCGUCGGCCGUGGCCGCUCAGCGGGCCCAGCAGCAGCAGCAGCUCGGCCGCGCCGCCUCCUCCUCCCCGCCGCCGAUGCUGGCGCCGCCCCCGUCGCGCGCCGGCGACCGCUACGGCGAUGACUCCCGCCGCCGCGGGGACGGCCGCCGCGACUACGACGACGACGACGAGGAGGACGAGCUUGACGAGGAUGACGAGGACCGCCCGCAGGAUCUCAGCGUGCGGGGGCGGUGCCGCGCGACGUCGGCGCCGUCUCCCGCGCCACCGCCGCAGUCGCGCGGCUCGGCGGGCGGCCGCUACGAGUGCAAGCACUGCCACCUGGCGACGCAGGACUUCGGCCUGUUCACGUGCCACGUGGACACGGCGCACCCCAACGUCGUGGUGAACCCCGUGUACAUCUGCCGCGCGUGCGACUUCCGCACAGCGCGCCAGGGCGCCUUCGCCGAGCACAACUCGCGGCACCACCCGUCGCUCAACAGCAUGCGCCUGCGCGUCAUAAAGCGACAGGACCAGACCAUCCUGGAGCAGAGCCCCGCGAGGCCCGCCAAGGGCCAGCCGCUGUCCAUCUGCGACGGCGACAACGGACGCUCGGACGGCCGCCGGUUCAGGUCGGCGGCGGACGAGGGCGACGCGGCGGGGGCGCAGGGUCGCGCCGGACCGCUCGAGUGCCACGCGACGGCGCAGCAGGCGAAGGCCGCGUCGGCGGCGGACUCGGACGGGUCGCAGAAGACGCUGGCCGUGCUGCCGGCCGGCGUGGGGCUGGGCCAGGCGGUGCGGCUGAGCGACCUCUACGCUCCCGACGCCGGCCUCUCCAAGGGCGCGCUGGCGCUCAACGUGACCCAGCCGGCAGCCUUCCAGAUCUUCAACCCGGUGCUGCACCACAUCGUGCAGGGUCCGCAGCAGAACUUGCAGCAGCAGGUGGCGCUGCACGCCGCGGCCUCGCCCUACGGCGGGCACGGGCAGCAGUCGCACGCCGUGCAGAGGCUGUCGCCGGCGGCGCUCGGCGGUGGCCUGGGCUCCGUGGUGUCCAUCCUGAGCGUGGUGGACCCCGACCCGGCGAUGGACGCGAACCCGCACCUGGCGACGGCGUUCGCGCGCUUCCCGUACCCCUCCCAGGGCGAUGUGUCGUGGCUGGCGUCCGUGACGCCCUUCUCCGAGGAGCGCAUCCGCAGCUGGUUCGCGGCGCGGCGCGUGCAGAGCGGCAUCAGCUGGUCCCCAGAGGAGAUCGAGGAGGCGCGGCGGCAGCUGAUCGCCAACGCCAUCGCGGCGCUGGGCGCGGGGCUGUUUGGCGGCGGCACCGCGGGCGCGUUCGGCCUGAGCCUGGGCCACCUGGGCGCCGGCGGCGUGCUGGGAGGGCAGCCGGGCGGCGCUUCCGCGCCCGUCAUUGCGGUGCUGCCCAGCCCCAUCGUCAUCCCCGCGCAGGCGCAGCAGGCGCAGCAGGGCCCGCAGCUCGUGCCGCACAGCGUCACCUACCAGAUCAUCAAUCAGAUCAUCAACAAUAACGGCGGCGGCGGCGGCACCAGCUGCAGCACCAGCACCAGCACCAUCAGCAACCACGAUGUCGGCGCGGGGGGCAUCGUGUUCAAGCGCGCGGCGUCGGAGCAGCACGAGGAGACCGGCGGUGACGGGGAGGAGGCAGCGGGAAAGUUCGGGGCGGGCGCUCGCGCGGCGCUCGCCCGGCCACCGAGCGCCUCCAGGGACUGCGCCCACAAGCCCCGGAGGACGCCGCCCCACAAGCGACCGUGCGACGGCUUCGACGCCGGCGCCGGGAGUCCCAGGCGCCCGAGCUGCGGCAAGGGGCCGUACGGCACCGACGAGGAGUGCCGGAGCCGCGAGGCCUCCAAGCAGUUUUCGGCGAUCGCGCCCAAGUUGCUGCCCGUCGCGUCGCAGCUGUCGAACGUCCGCGCGGAGGGGACGGACGCGGCGACCCCGGCGCCGCCCGGCGCCGCCGGGGCGUGGGCGUCGCCGUCGGACGGGGGGGCCUCCCCGGCCACGGCGCCGCCGCCCGGCGCGGGCGCCGCACCGCUGGCCCCGUCCUCGACGUCGUCGUCGCGGGGGCCCGAGCCGGCACCCGGCGCGGGCUCGGCGUCGGCGCCCAACCUGAGCCCGCUGCUCAUGUCGCCGCUGUGGCUGCCGGUGGCCAAGCGCAGCCGCAAGCACAAGAAGAGCAAGGAGCAGCUGGCGCAGCUGAAGGCGAGCUUCGCCCUCGAGCAGCACCCCGACGAGGCGGAGCUGCGCAGGAUCAUGGAGCGCACGGGCCUCACCAAGUCGGAGGUGAAGAAGUGGUUCAGCGACAGCCGCUACCACUACCGCAACCUGCGCUGCCCCGGCACGCGCUUCUUCAGCCGCAACCUGCCCACCAUGUGCCCCAUGGUGUACGACGGUGGCGCCGCCGGCGCCGCCGCGGCCGCGGGAUUGCGCGCGUUGCGCCAGGACGACUUUGUCACGGCCCACCCGUCGCUCAGCAUCGUGGACUCGCUCAACUGGGCCGCCCGGGCCCAGGAGCACCUCAAGCUCCUCCAGGAGGAGGAGGAGGAUCGAGCAGCGAUGGCGGCCGCGUCGGCGGCGGCGACGGCGGCGGCGACGGCGGCAGGAGCGUCGGCGUCGCGUGAGCCGUUCGUGGGAGAAGCGAAUCGCGAGCCGGAGGCCGGCAGGAUCGAUGCCGGCGCCGAGGGUCAGCUCGCCCGUCUGGGCGGCGCCGCCGAGGCGGCGGACAACCCGGGGCCGGCCCCCGUGAGCGUCGUCGCGGGGGCCGCGGCGCACGAGGCGGCACGGCCCAACGGCUCGGACGCGGCGCCCUGCCGACACGACGUCGGGGCGGACGCCGGGGCGCACUGCGCCACCUGGCGGGGGGGCGGCGGCGCCCGGAUCGACACGCGUGCGCCGCCCGACGGACCCGAGGGCCCCAGCUGCUCACGGGUCGACGCGGGGGCCGGGGCUGGAGAGGGAGACCGGGAGCGCGACCGCUGCAGGGCCUCGGAGCCCGGUGGCGGCUCGAAGCAGCACGGGGUGAAGCGCGCGGCGGGGCCGGUGGCCGAACCGGCGCCACACGGCGCCGUCCCCCGCGUCUACUUCGGCGGCUUUGAAAACGGGACCAAGAAGAAGUUUAGAAUUUCCGCUACGUCCGACUACAAGGCCGGGCUCAACUCCUACUGCAACAAGGUGCGCAUCCGCCUCGAGCGCAAGGAGUCUCCGGCGCCGCGCACCCCGGACGACCCAGCCGCUCCGUCGCCGCUCGAUGCCAAGCCGCCGACGUUGGCAGCUACCGCCGCCGUGAGCGCGAACGCCGCGGGCCCCUCUCCCAGCAAGCGGCGGUACCAGCAGCAGAAGGUUAAGCUGCUGAAGCUGAAGAAGGGCGCCGGGCGGGGAAAGAAGCCGUACUCGCGACCCAAGAAGACCAAGGAGCAGCUGUCGGUGCUCAAGAGCUUCUUCAGGGUCACGCAGUGGCCGUCGUCCGACGAGUACCUGGAGCUGUCGCUGCGCUCGGGGCUGCCGCGCUCCGACAUCGUGCGCUGGUUUGGCGACACGCGCUUCGCGUUCAAGCACGGACAGCUGCGCUGGAUCCGGGACCCGAUGCAGCACGCGGAAGGCGCGGGGCCCGGUGGGGACGCUCCGGCGGGGGCGCCGGGGCCUGGGGUCGGGCGGGGGGGGCGGGGGCGCCGCGGCGGAGGCCCCCGCUCCAGGGGGGGGCAUGGGGGCCGCGGGGGCAGGGGCCGGGGCUGCAGGCGGCGCCGGGGGGUGCGGGGAGGGAAGGCGGCGGGAGGGAGAGGCGCGCGGGCCGAGUUCGUCGGUCGGAGGCACCUGCAAAUGCAGCAGCACCAGCAGCAGCUGGAGCAGCAGCAGGAGCGGGCGUUCGCCGUCGCGCAGCAGGAAGCGGAGCCGAGGCCGGGCGUGGGACGCGAGCCCCUGCCGGAUCGGCGCGAGGGCGACGCGCCGGGGCCGACCCGCGGCCGAUUCCGCCGCUUCCAGAGGCGCGGGCGGCCGAGCCUGCGCCGCAGCAGAGAGCGGACGGUUCUUCGCGCGGCCAUCGAGGUCCCCGAGGUCGUCCAGGUCGCCGAGGUCGCGGAGGUGGCGGAGGUCGCCUGUGCCCCGCGACCCCGGCAGGGUCGACGUCUCCGGCGUCGUCGCGGACGGACACCGCGCGCCGUUCUGCGUGGGACGCGUCGCCGCCGCCGCCCCCGUCGCCGUCAUCGCCGCCGCCGCGGGCCGCCGCGCCCCCCCGUCGCUCGACGCCGUGGAGGACGACCCCGAGAACAAGCUGCUGGAGCUGGCCGUGGCGGCCGAGAUCAGGGAGCAGAUGGCGCGGGCGCAGAGCGAGGCGCUCGCGCGCGACGGCGGCGCGGUGCCGCACGACCUUGCGGGGGUCGCCGCCGUCGCCGCCGCGGCCGCCGCCGCGUUCCCCUGCCGGGCCGAACUGCGGAGCGUCCCGCACGCCUGCGACCUCUGAAGACCGGAGGAGGACCGGCCGCGGCUCCUUCGCGCGGGGGGCGCCGCGUGUACAUACGCGGCUUUGCUUGUCCGUUGGAGCGCGCUCGCUCGCUCGACCUCGGGACCCUAGACCCGGAGCCCGCGACUCGGAGGCAACGGCGGGAUGGGGGGCGGGGGGCGGGGCGAGGGUGGGGGGGUCGGGCAGCUUUCGGGGGAGGGGGGAGGCGGCACUUGGCAGAGGAACCGCCUCACUCAUUACCAACACGCAGCGCAUCUGCAUGUUGUCAUAGAAACGCUAGCCGGGUACAGUUUUCAAGCUAAUA